UCAUCUUUUUACUAGAUAUUUUAUAAUAAUGUCUUUACUCGUUUAUAGGAAUUUGGUGAAUUUAAAUUUAUAAAUGAAUAUUAUAAUUGUACAAUUUGGUUAUGGUUAUAAAGCUUGGCAUAAAUGGAUUUGGGCGAAUUGGAAGAGUUAUCUUUAGAACCUGUUUGGAAAGAUCUGAUUUCGAAGUGGUGGCUAUUAACGAUCCUGCUAUUAAUAUCGAAUAUAUUUGUUAUCUGAUUAAAUUUGAUUCUACACAUGGAAAAUUCUCAGGAACAGUGUCCUAUUAUAGCAAUGAAAUCGUUAUUGAUGGUAAAAAAAUUAUGGUUUUUCAUGAAAAAUUACCGGUGAAUAUUCCAUGGUCCAGUAUUGGUGCACAAUAUGUUAUUGAGGCAUCAGGCAUGUUUACCAACUUGGAAAAAGCUUCGGGGCACCUAAAAAGUGUUGGUGUCAAACGUGUGAUCGUCACUGCCCCAAGCGUCGAUAUACCAAUGUUAGUGGUAGGAGUGAACGAAGAUAUGAUUGGAAUUGAUCAAAAGGUUAUUUCCUGCGCGUCGAGCACAUUGUAUUGUUUGGCGCCAAUUAUAAAAAUAUUAGAAGACAAUUUUGGUGUAUCGGAGGGUUUCAUAACUAGUAUUCAUGCUAUGACGCCAUCGUUGAAACCUUUGGAUGGGCUAUGUUUGCGGGGAAAGCACUGGCGAGACCACAGAAGUAUCCACCAAAAUAUAAUCCCCGCUGCAACAGGUGCCUGUAAAGCACUAAACAAAAUCAUCCCACAGGUCAAAGACAAAAUGUCUGGUCUUGCAUUUAGAGUACCUAUAGUUAAUGUAUCUGUCUUGGAUAUAUCUAUAAGAUUGAACGUGGAAACAUCUUUAGAAGAGAUUAUUCAAUGUGUCCAAAAGUAUAGCGAUACGAACAUGAAAAACAUAAUCACAAUUUCCAAUGAAGAAUCUGUAUCUUCAGAUUUUCUUGGUGAAGACCAUUCGUGCAUUUUAGAUACGACUUCCAGUAUACAAUUAACGCCGAAUUUCUAUAAACUAGUAUGUUGGUAUGAAAAUGAAUAUUCGUAUGCGUGUCGUGUUAUUGAUAUCAUACAUUUUUCGGAAAAACAACAUUUAACCGCACCUUUGUCAAGGCUUACUUAUACACACUCCACCUCGUCAAGAGGAACAACAACCGAGAGUAUUAGGAGCAUGUUUCUUCCUAGACAUUACCGCUUCGAAGUUUAUCCAAACAUGGUCUGUAGCGCAUCUCAAGAUACUGGUUUUCGAAUGAAAUUGCCACUUCGAUCCCCUCUAACGAAAAAUACGCUGACUAUUCGCAAUUCACCCACAAAUGAGACAACAUUAAACCGCGUUAUCAAUAAAACAAAUGAAAUAUUCAAAGUGUGGAAUGAUGUUGAGGUCAAUAAAGAUCCAUUGCGACGAAAUACGAGUUCAUUCUUUCAAAGCUGCAUGGCAUUAGCACCUGGUCACGUGGAACGCAGUAAAUACCUAAAUAAUAGGGAACAUUUGAAAAAAGUUAAAGAAGAAUUUUCUAAAAUGGUCACAAUGACAGAAGAUUUAUUAAAAAAAUCAAGUCAUAGCAGGAAUAAAAUGGAAGACAAUGCAGAGAAAAUACCCGAAAAAAAUUUAGCCGAAAAUCCGAUUAUGAAAGAAGAUAAAGAGGAGAAAGACGUCAAAGAAGUCGAGAAUACACAAGAACUAAAUCCAAUGGGAGGUGAUUUUAAUAAAGUUAAUAGUGUUACAAGGAUAUUUGACCAAAGUGAAGUUAAAACAGACCCAUAUAACAAGAACAUAGUAAAUAUAUUAAAACCAAUUAAGGCAGGCGAUUUUUACGAAAAUACGUCAUAUGAAACUAUUUUACUUCCUCACCAAACACAAAUUAAUUUGCCACAUUCCCUUUGUAAAACACCAGCUGUAUGCAAAACAGUAACCGAUCCAUUGAAAACUGAAGUACCUAGUAGUCCAAACGAAUCAGAAGAACGUAAUGAACCGAAUAGUAACGAAAUAGAAUGUGACAAAACUUCUUUCAUAGAAAUUGCACAGAAUUUAACUGAAGAUGACGCACAAAAAGUUCAAGAUACUCAUACAAAUGUGAACAAUGUUAAAAAUUACAAAAGCUAUAUUAUAAGCGUGGAAUGUAAUUCACAAUCGGACUCAAAUAAAAUCACAGCUAAAGAGAAUCAUAGUAAGGUUGAAGAUGAUACCAAUAAACCAAAUAUUAUAUCCCACAAAACAACUGAAAAUAAUUUACAAACAAAACAAAAUACUGUGGAAAAUGUAUUACGUAAAUAUACUACGAACAAUGCUUUUAUGGUAUCUGAAAAUUCCACAGGUCCAAGAUUUAAAAGAAAUAAACAGGAUAUAUUUGAUAAAUUAGAUAGCGCAAGCGCCUCUGAUUCUGAAAAUUCAUUUACCGAAAGAAAAUCGCAAAUCAUAAACAUAACAGAUUUAACGAAUUCAGUAGAGGAUCUUGCAAGAUUAGAUAAAAUUUGUAGAAUAAUCGAAAUUUCAGAUGAACUGUCAGAUAAAUUAUUUUCUACUUUAAAUGACCCUGAGUCUAUGGGGCUAGAAAAAAAAGCUUGGUCUUUCAAAGAUUUGUGUGAAAGGCUAAAGUUGGAUGAAUUUUGUAAUAAAAUUUUUGGUCAGUGAUGUCAGCAACAAUUUUUGAAUUUUUGGAAAAAUAAAAAAAUAAAUUUAUUUCUA